UCAAAAUAAUUACUUUCAGGCACUAUGCCUGCGGUGAAGGGAGAUGGUAUGCGCGGAUUGGCCGUUUUCAUUUCGGACAUACGAAACUGUAAAAGCAAGGAAGCUGAAAUGAAGCGAAUAAAUAAAGAGCUGGCCAAUAUCAGGUCGAAGUUCAAAGGCGACAAGACUUUGGAUGGAUAUCAAAAGAAGAAAUAUGUUUGCAAAUUACUCUUCAUUUUUCUACUUGGAAACGAUAUCGAUUUCGGUCAUAUGGAAGCCGUCAAUCUUCUAUCAUCAAACAAGUACACCGAGAAGCAGAUCGGUUACCUGUUUAUAUCUGUUCUGAUCGAGCAGAACUCCGAUCUGAUGAAACUGAUCGUGCAGGCCAUUCGCAACGAUCUGACUUCUCGCAAUCCAAUCCACGUUAACCUCGCUCUACAAUGCAUCUCCAACAUCGGUAGUCGAGACAUGGCUGAAGCUUUCGCAAGCGAUUUACCCAAGCUUCUUGUCUCGGGAGACACCAUCGAUUUUGUCAAACAGUCUGCUGCUCUAUGCCUUUUGAAGCUUUUCCGCACUGCUCCUGACAUUAUACAGCCUGGUGAAUACGCGAGCAGAAUAGUUCACUUGCUCAAUGAUUCGCACAUGGGAGUUGUCACGUCGGCAGCGUCCUUAAUUGAAUCGCUUUCUAAGAAGUGGCCCGAUGAAUACAAAGGCUGUGUUCCUCUCGCAAUCUCCCGUUUGAGUAGGAUUGUUACCGCCACAUACACUGAUCUACAGGACUACACCUACUACUUUGUUCCAGCACCUUGGUUGUGUGUGAAACUUCUGCGUCUGCUUCAGAAUUAUCCUCCACCAGAAGACCCAUCGAACAAAGCUCGUUUGCUCGAGUGUCUUGAAGGUGUACUGAACAAGGCACAAGAUGCUCCGAAAUCAAAGAAGGUUCAACAUUCCAAUGCUAAAAAUGCAGUACUGUUCGAAGCAAUUGCUCUGAUAAUUCACAUGGACAGCGAAGCAAAUCUCCUUGUUCGCGCAUGCAACCAAUUAGGAACCUUUCUUGCUCAUCGAGAAACAAAUCUUCGGUAUCUUGCGCUGGAAUCUAUGUGUUUAUUAGCUACAUCAGAAUUUUCACAUGAGACUGUAAAAAAGCACCAGGAAACAAUCAUCAACAGUCUCAAAACUGAAAGGGACGUUUCGGUGCGCCAACGUGCUGUUGACUUGUUGUAUGCCAUGUGUGAUCGAACUAAUGCAAAUGAAAUCGUUUCGGAAAUGCUUGCAUACCUCGAAACCGCCGACUACUCUAUCAGGGAAGAGAUGGUCCUGAAAGUUGCUAUACUUGCUGAGAAAUAUGCAACUGACUACACUUGGUAUGUCGACGUUAUUCUCAAGUUGAUUCGAAUAGCUGGUGACUAUGUAUCAGAAGAAGUCUGGUAUCGAGUCAUACAGAUAGUUGUAAACCGUGAGGACGUUCAAGGUUAUGCCGCAAAGACUGUCUUUGAAGCUCUGCAGAGACCCGCUUGUCAUGAAAAUAUGGUUAAAGUGGGUGGUUACAUUCUAGGAGAAUUUGGAAAUCUUAUAGCUGGCGAUCAGAGAUCAAGUCCUCAAAUCCAGUUUGAGUUGCUACAUUCGAAAUUUCCGCUUUGUAGCAUCGCAACACGUUGUCUGCUCUUGACUACUUAUGUAAAAUUCUGUAAUCUCUUUCCUGAAAUCAAGCACAUCAUACAGCAGGUCUAUCAAACUGACCACAACUUGAGAAACCCCGAUGCAGAGCUGCAGCAGCGCGCUGUGGAAUACCUACAAAUGAGCAAAGUGGCUACACCUGAUGUUCUUGCAACGAUCCUGGAGGAAAUGCCUCCUUUCCCUGAAAAAGAAAGCAGCUUGUUGGCCAAGCUAAAGAAGAGCAAACCACAAGUUGAAGAGCUCGAAAAUGUUGAGAAAGAAAGGAAGACUCGUCCGAGUUUGACGGCAAAGGACAGCACUACUUCCGCCACUCUCGUUGACUUUUCCCAACCAGGAAAUAACGGUUCCAGCUCACUCGUUGAUAUAUUUGGACAACCAGGUGCGCAAGCCCCAAGCCAAGCCUCUGCUGCCUCUCCGACUCCUGGAGAUGAUAUAAGCAUAGCAAACAAACACGAUUACCUCAAGUUUGUAGUCAAGAACAACGGUGUUUUGUACGAGGACGAUGUGAUUCAAAUUGGUUGCAAACUUGAAGCGCGAACCAAUCUGGCUAGAUUGGGUAUGUUCUACGGCAACAAAACAUCUGCUCCUUUCACUGACUUCACUCCCGUCGUCAGCUGUCCGGGAGUACUCGCCGUGCAGCUACAAGCGCAGGCUAAGCCGAUUGAUCCCGUUAUACAAGCUGGAACGCAAGUCCAACAACUCAUAAAUUUUGUUUGUGUGCAGGAAUUUGGAAAGAUGCCCAUCAUUCAUUUGAAGUUCAAUUAUGCCGAUCAAGCAGGCCGAGCUCACAACUUUGAUAAGUCGUUGUAUCUGCCCGUCUUUGUCAACAAAUUUUUUGAACCAACGGAAAUGCCGUCUGAUCAAUUCUUUGCGAGAUGGAAAGCACUUGGACAACCUUCUCAAGAGUGUCAAAAAAUCUUCCCGGCCAAAGUGUCAAUGGAGCCGUCCUUGGUCACGCAGCGACUCACCGGACUAGGCGCAAAGUUGUUGGCUGAUGUUGAUCCAAAUCCCGACAAUUAUGUUUGUGCGGGGAUAAUUCACACCCAAACACAACAGAUUGGCACACUCAUCCGUUUGGAACCGAAUAAACAAGCAAAGAUGUAUCGCUUGACUAUCCGAAGCAGCAAGGAUACUGUCUCUGCUUAUCUCGUGGAAGCGCUUGUGGAACAAUUCUAGUCUCACUAGUCAACACUGAAUAUAUUGCUUGUAUCCGUCCUCUAUACUACCCUGCCUGUGAUCGCCUUGAAUUCUGUGGUAAUUGGUUGUGUGACUUGUCGAGUCUCUCCUCUAGUAGCGCGUUACUCUCAUAAAUGACAUGAGAUUGAAAUCUCUUAUAUGCAUUGACUACUUGGAUAUAUUUAUCUUCACUUCUAACAACAUAAUAUAAGAUCCGGGUGUCAGAUCUCCAGAAAAAUAAUUGUUAUACGACCUUUUUAUUUGAAACCGUAUUUAUUUUGUUAUACAUUGUUCAAAGUCUCUUUCGAAUAAAUUAUUGUGCAAC